AUGUUUGAUAAACCGAACAGCAGUGCGUUUCACGUCAUUGCCCUCUUCUUGUUUGCUAAGCUGGAUAAGUCCCACGCGGCAGAAGCUUUCAAAGACUGUUCAGUUCCAGUAGGAAAUCCUGAAUUUAGGAAGCAGUGCUGUAUAUGGCUAAAAGAUAUUGCAAAUGAAGACAAAAGCUGUUUUCCAGAAGUUACACCUUCAUUAUUUAUUUCUCCUGCUGGUCCUAAAUUUAUUCAACUGUUAUAUUGGUUUGCAAGACAUGUGCUGGUUAAGGACAUGAAAACGAACUCCGUAGGCAUUGAUAUACCUUUUGCUGAAGCUGUAGUGUUGAGACCUAAGGAUAUACACAUGGCAAAUGCAAGAUGUAGAGUCGCAUACAAUAAACUUCUGCAAAUUCUUCAAAAGGAAGAUUUUGUUAUUCAAGAAUAUGAGAAAAAAGCACAGCUUUUAAUUAAAGAAAUAAAACAGAUAAAGUCUGAAUAUGCAGUCCUGCAGAUACAGUCUUGCAAGAUGAAACAAAAUGACCAAAACAAAAAUGACAAAACUGAGAGAAUUCAAAAGGUCCGCAGUAUGUGGACAUGUAUAAUGGAAAUGCUUACAUCUCUGAAAAAGGAAAAGGAAGUUGUGGAUUCUGUACUUCACGAACUUGAAGAUUGUGAUGGUCAGUGCAUUUUAGAUGGAACUAAUAUUGUUUCCAGUGUUCCACGGCUGUUGGCUUACAGAGUUGAAAGUGGCAUACACCAAGUUUGUACAGGAAAUCUAUAUGAAGCUGAAAAACUGAAUUUCUUAACGGUUAUUCAGUUAUUAAAUGAAGCCCUGAGGACAUUGAGAGAUGAACGUUGUCAAUCUGAAUUAAACCAACAAUUUCAGGUCAUUGAGGAUAAGGUUACGCGCUGUAAUAAAGUACUACUGGAUUUGAAAGCAAAGAGGCUAAAAAUAUGGCAACAGCAUUGUGUGCCAACGAGUGCAUCUAUAUCUAGAAAACAGGAAGAAUGGAAAGCGAAGUGGAGAAGCUUUCUUAGACUGUGUCCUUUUAAUUUAAUCUUAGAUCGGCAUCCAGAACUUGAUUUAAGAGCUUCGCCACCCCAUUCUUUCAAUUUUGCAGAAGGUGAUGAGGAGGAUAGUGUCUUUUGUCAACAUCUACUAUCAGUUUCAGAAGUUUGUGACUCUGUUCAUGAAGUACAUUAUGAGAAAAAUGAUGGGGCAUCGGAAACUAUGAUGGAUAAGUCAACACCACCACCAAGAUGCCCUCUCCCACCCCCCCCAAGGAUCUCUUCAGUGCCUUUGGAGUUGUCAAAAGCAUCUGAAAACAGAGAUGUGUUAAUUGAAAAGGACUUGCAUACUGAAACUAUCAAGGGGGAAAAAAAGCCUGUGCCUCCAAAGAUCUUAAAAAAUGGAAAGGAUGAGUACACCAUUUCAAAAAUGUGGGAGGAUGCAGGUGAUCAUGUUAUCCAGAGAGAGUCUCCUGUCAAAAAAGAAGACUCUCUUAAGAAAACGAGAGAUGAACUGGCAGAAGAGGUUGCAAAAACAGUGGUAUCUGAGUCACCUCAGAGUGGUGAAGGAAAAGGAAUGGCAUUAGAAGAUCUCAUUAGCUCACUGGCUGUUAAUGCAUUUUUAACAAGGAAACAAAUUCCCCGAACUCCAGAAAAUCUGCUUACAGAAAUUAGAAGCUCAUGGAGAAAAGCUAUUGAGAUUGAUGGUUCAUCAGACAUAGAGGUGGCCCCAGCUGAAGUAAUGAGAGAAGAAGCUCCAAUGGAUGCUGGACCUAUAGUGCAGAAGGCAGCAGACUCUAGAUUUGUGUGCUCUACCCCUGCAUCUCCUGUACCUGACUUUGAUCCUCCCUGGUCAGAAAUGGAGUCCCAAUCAAGUUCUACAGAAUUUAGAUGUCAAGAGCAGAUGAGGGUAAGUCAUAUCAUUGAACCUCCAGUUUUAGAAACAUCUGGAAUGCGAGAGAGUGAGAGAACUGAAGAACAGGAAUUAAAAUGUAUUGUUUUGAACAAAAGUUCUGUACAAGAUCCAGAAGAACCGACUUUUCAAUAUGUAAAGAAGAGCAUGAAUACUACAAGUACUUGUUCAGAAAACAGUAGUAGAACAGAUGUUCUACCUUCAGACCACUUUCAGGGUUCCUUAAUGGAUGGGAUGCUGCACUGGGAUGUAUCUUCAUUGGUAAGUUCUAUCCGUCGUGAAGCUGCCUUCUUGAGGAUAUUGGAUGAGUCAUUUCCAGAAGAACUUGAUAACAUAGAUCCCAACAAAUCUGAAAACUCAGAGUCUGAUUUUGAUGUAAUAGACAGCACAUAUGUAACAGGUGGUUCAAAAAAUAAGGGGGAUAUUCAAAAAUCAAAGCUAGAUAUACAGCCCCUGUUCAACACAUACAAAGCACUGAAAAAGACUGCAUCUAGAAAUGAAGAGGAGGUGCAUCAAACACCUAAUGGAGGUGAAUCUGGAAGUUGUAGAUCAGACCUAAGUCUUGCACCAGAAAAAGGAGAAGGAGAUGAAUUUUGUGGUCCUCUAGAACCCUUCUGCUUGGAUGAGGAAUUUAUCAAGAUGACAUCACCAGUAUCUCUUGGCGAUGAAAGAAAAUAUUCCCUGUCAUCUUUGCUGAUAUCCUGUCAACAUCUGGAGGAAAUGGCAUCAAUGGUACAUGAAAUCCCGUUAGACUUAAUACAUAAAUUGAAGGAUAAAGAGCAGUUGAAUGAGAAGCUGGGCACGAAGGAACCGUCAUCAGGAUAG